AUGAGCGAUACUACACAUGAGUUAUCGAACCUUCAUACACCGUUCUUUAUUCUCUACAUUGUUACUGGUGUUGUAUUUCUGAUGUUCCAUUUCCGAUUCAUAAUUGUCAUACAAAAAAAUAAGUCACUUGUGAAACUACCGGCUUUUCGUAUUAUACAACAUGAUUCUAUUGCAUGUUCCAUAAACAUAGUAUCGCAAAUAGUCGCUGUAGCAUCCACAUUGGCAGAUUAUAACAUGAAUUAUACACUCAACUGGAUAAACGGCGCCAUUUUUCAAGGCAGUUGGGCUGUCGAGUACCCAAUGAUCUUGAUUCUAGCUGCAAAUCGACUUCUGUCAGUCGCCUAUCCUAUGACCUCAAAUCGAAUUUUUGAUCUUAGCUUCGCUAAUGGUAUGGUUGGACUUUGUUGGGGUUUUGGUAUUUUCAAUGCCGUUAUCUGUCUUUUAGGACAAGUUCAGAGUAUCUGGAUCGCCACAGUGCCAGGAUUUGCUUUUACAAGUAAGAGUAUACCGGAAACCGAAUAUGUUCAAGCAUCUGAGCGCAAUUGCUCUUUGAUUACGGCAGAGAGUAAAGGAAUGUAUGAAAAGUCAUGUGGAUCGUUUAUUCUUCUCAAACAAGCUCUGCUAAUUAAGCGAUUCUCAGGUGGAACUGCUCUCGCAGAUUUCAUUUCCUACAUGGACUUUUAUUUCGCCGAAUUUGUUAUUCUAUCCAGUCUUAUAUGCUAUAUUUCAAUUUUUAUGAUUUUAUCCAAAAAGCACAACGCCAUAAGAUCUAUAAAAGUGGAAUUGCCAUUGAUUCUUCAUUUCGGGACAAUUUUUGCCUUAACGGCUGCAGUACUCUAUCUGUGGCAUUAUCCACCAUGCCAGAAUGAUCUUUAUGGACAUAUUUUCAACCUCUUCGUUCUGCUUAGAUUCUGUGUAUCUCCAGUACUUGCCCUGUUGACCAAUGAGUCGAUCCGAGAAAGAUUCUUUUGCAGAAAACUUCACGAGGACACUAAGACCAUAAUUUUGAAGCAAACUAAUACCAAAUAA